AUGAAGUUUUCUAACGUCGCUGCAGCAACUGUGCUUGCUUCAACAUCAUCUGCUUGUAUUCUUCCAAUUGUUGAAGGUCUUCUUAACUGUGUUUUCCCAAGACCACCACCACCAACUAUUCCUCCAAGUCCAUGUGGUGGUAAAAAAUGUCCACCUCCAAAACCAUGUACUACCAGAAUUCCUCAAACUCAUACCACAAUUGUGAUUAGUACUUAUACUACUGGUGUUGUCACCUGGGGUGGUAGUGUUACUACUGUUACUUUAACUCCAGGUACUACUGUUGCUACUAUUCCACCAACUACCGUUACAAUUACUCCAGGUACUGAAACUGUCACUCUUCCAACUCCAACUGCCACUGUUCCAAACACUAAACCAGGUACUGACACUGCUACUGUUCCAACUGGUCCAAACACUACUACAGGUACUUCCCCAACUGGCUCAAACACUAAACCAGGUACUGACACUGCUACUGUUCCAACUGGUCCAAACACUACUCCAGGUACUUCCCCAACUGGCCCAAACACUAAACCAGGUACUGAAUCUACCCCAGCCACUGAACCAACCGGUCCAAACACUAAGCCAGGUACUGAAUCUACCCCAGCCACUGAACCAACCGGUCCAAACACUAAGCCAGGUACUGAAUCUACCCCAGCCACUGAACCAACCGGUCCAAACACCAAACCAGGUACUGAAUCUACUCCAGGUACUUCUCCAACUGGCCCAGUCACCACUUCAGUUCCGGAACAAUCUGUUAUUACUAUUACUGGUCCAGGUUUCACCACUGUUUUCACUUUAACUCCAGGUACUAAUGUUAUCACUACACCAACCGGUCCAGCUACUAACCCAUCUGAUUCUGAAUCUAAAACUACACCAACUGGCCCAGCUACUGAACCAACCGGUCCAUCUACUAAACCAACUGGUCCAGGCGGUUCUGUUGUCACUGUUACUGUUACCGAAUCAACUGUUGAAACCAUCACUGGUCCAGGUUUCUCCACCACCGUUACCUUAACUCCAGGUACCAAUGUUAUCACCUCCCCAACUGGUCCAGCUACUGAACCAACCGGUCCAUCUACUAAACCAACUGGUCCAGGCGGCUCUGUUGUCACUGUUACUGUUACCGAAUCAACUGUUGAAACUAUUACUGGUCCAGGUUUCUCCACCACCGUUACCUUAACUCCAGGUACCAAUGUUAUCACCUCCCCAACUGGUCCAGCUACUGAACCAACCGGCCCAUCUACUAAACCAACUGGUCCAGGCGGUUCUGUUGUCACUGUCACUGUUACCAAACCAACUGUUCAAACUAUUACUGGUUCAGGAUACACUACCACUGUUACUUUAACUUCUGGUACUAACGUCAUUACUACACCAACUGGUCCAGCUACUGAACCAACUGGUCCAAACACCAAACCAACUGGUAUUGAAUCUAAGACUUCUCCAACUGGUCCAGUCACCACCCUUACCACUUCAGUUCCAGAACAAUCUGUUAUUACUAUUACUGGUCCAGGAUUCACCACUGUUUUCACUUUAACUCCAGGUACUAAUGUUAUUACAUCACCAACUGGUACUGCUACUAAACCAACUGGUACAGGUUCUGAAGCUACCCCAACUGAUCCAGCCACUAAACCAUCAGGUUCAGCCACUGGUCCAUCUAGUCCAGGCGGCUCUGUUGUUACUGUUACUGUCACCAAACCAACUGUUCAAACUAUUACUGGUUCAGGAUACACUACCACUGUUACUUUAACUUCUGGUACUAAUGUUAUCACCACACCAACUGGUCCAGCUACUAAACCAUCUGAAUCUAAUACUAAGACUUCUCCAACUGGUCCAAACACCAAACCAUCUGGUACUGAAUCCAACACCAAACCUUCUCCAACUGGUCCAGCAGGUACUGUUGUAACAGUCACGGUUACCAAACCAACCAGUGAAACUAUUACUGGUCCAGGAUACACUAGUACUGUUACUUAUUCUGAAGGUACUACUGUUGUUACUGUUCCAACUGGUACUCCUUCUACAGACAAACCAAACACUUCUAGUGCACCAAUUCCAUCUCCAUCUAAAUCUACUGGUACUGGUACUGGUGCUACUACUACUACUACAGAUGAUGGUUUCCCAAGUGGUAGUGGUGGUGUUACAUGGACUCCACAACCAGGUUGGAUUUGUCAAUGUGUUAGAGUAUAA